AUGGCAGGCCCCCAGGAAUCGACCACUUCUCCUCGUCGGAGUCGUGGUUUCAGCGUCAAGUCGGAGUCUUCCCAUAAAACCAACAAUUCCGGUCAUAAAUCGCGUCUCUCAGAGUCCUCUCAGGAGAAGGCCCGGCGCAGUCUACACACCAAAGCUGAUCCUACGGUCGCGAUGAACGAGUUGCAACCCAUGGCGGUUGCCCUGGAGAAGUCCAAUUUGGGCUCUCUGCGCGCAAUGGAGCAUAAGGAUCAAUAUGGCAAUCCUAUCACCGAUCCCGACUGGUCAAACCCCACCCGCCCACGUUUCGAACGCCCGCUGGAUACCAUCCGCUCCUUCGAAGCAGCCAUCUACGGCACCUACACCAGUACGCGCCCGGUCUCGUACGCCCGUACAGACGAUGCAGCCUCGCAAAUGGGCGAUUACAGUCGCCGGACAAGUUACUACGGAGGCAACAACAAUGGCUACUCGAAUCGCGGAUACAGCGAUCAAAACGGCUACGGACGUAACGCCCAAUCCCGCCCAGACAGCAUGAUAGAUGCCUACGGCAGUUCCAGCCAGGCCCCCGAGAACUCCUAUCCCUACAACAACAACAACAACAACAACAACAACAACAAUAACAACAACAACAACAAUCAGAACGGCAACGGUCGCCGCCCGCGCCAUACCCCACGCAUGUCCUCGGACCAAGGCGCCCACGGAAACGGCAACGGCGGGCAAUACGCCUACCAGCAGCAAAACUACCAACGCUCCUACGACAAUGUCGCCGCCAUGUCCGGCUCCGGCUCCGGCUACACCGAUUCCUACGGACAAUCAACGGACCCGAGUAGUCUCAACAGCUCGAUGGACCAAUUGCAGCAGCAGGCCCUGCAGCAACAGCGACUCGACGAGCGUGCUCAAGCCGAGUAUGGUUUCCAGGGCUUUGGCGGUAGCCCGAAUAUGAACGGGUAUGGAAAGAGUCUCCCGUCUGCGCCGGCGGCCGUCGCAGAUCCCGGCUGGGGUGGUGCGGCUCCUUCCAAUGGACAUCUUAGGAAAAGCCCGGCGGCGAAUGUGAAGGCGCAGGCGCAGGCACAGGCGAAUCCGGAGAAGAGGAAGAGUUGGUUUAAGAAGCGGUUUAGCAAGGGAUAG